AUGGCGGCGCUGCGGGACGGAGACUUUGCGGCGCUGCAGAUCCUGCUGAAGGCGCCGUCCAAGGACGCCGUGCGGCAGCUGUGCCAGGUGCUCCUCCAGCGCGCCUGCCCCGGGCUCGCCGUCAGCGCCGAGGAAGCGGAGCAGCUGGUGUCUGCUUUGCACAACCUCACCCGGCACGUGGUGUACCGCGGCUUGACCAGGGCGGAAGACAUCCUCUGUCUUUUCCCAGAAAACUUCCACCAAAAUCUGAAAACCCUCUUGACUAAGAUAAUCUUGGAGAUAUGUGAGGUCUGGUAUCAUCCUGUGCUGCUGGACCUAACAGAGCCAUUUUUUGAUCCCCCAGUCUCCCUGCCUUGGCUCGUGGACAUGGACUGGAGGGUGGACAUCAAGACGUCUUCAGACAGCAUCAUAAGAAUGGCGGUCCCUACCUGCCUGCUGCAGUUAAAGAUUCAGGAAGAUGCUGCCUUACGUGGAAAUAAUCCUGUUGUUUCUUCACUGAAUGUGGAACUGAGCAAAGAAACCCUGGACACUAUGUUAGAAGGUCUGGGAAGGAUUCGGGACCAACUUUCUGCCAUUGCAAACAAAUGAAUGCUCAAGGGCAUGGAUUCCAGCAGCAAGGACGGGAAGUAUUCUCUACCUACAGCUGUCUGAAGUUGCAGCCUGGUGUAGCAUGUUAUCUAUUUCAGCAAAACAAAACUAAAGAGGUUUCUUUUUUGGAUGAAUGAGAUAGCUCUUGAAAAGCUAACACUCAAAUAUUCAUUUGGUUGGAUGCCAAAAAGUGCUUUCCUAUUAUGUUGUUGAACAAAAGUUAUUCAUCAUUUCAGAAGAGGAUUUAUGGCUUAAUCACAAGGGUCAUAACUGGAAACAGCAAAUAGCUGCAGCCAAUGAAGCAAGUUCUAUCUGUGUCCUGAAAUGGGAAUCUAAAAGGCUCAAGCUGGGUAAUGGGCUGCCUUCUGACAUGAGAAAAGGAGGGUGCUUCUCUGAAACGUGCAUGGACUGAGGUGCCUGCUGCAUGUAGCACUCUCCCUCUCAGUGAAGCGCAGCCGUGCUGUAGAUGGUUGUUAUUGCUUGGUAGAGCAGUGACGCUGCCACGCGUUCCCUUCUGAUCAGCUUCAUAGCACCGUUUGCAAAAUGACGGUUCUGAACAUCUUUAGCAGGAGCUCAUUUCCUCCUUCUGUUUGAAAAGCGAAAAAGGAGUUCAGGUAAUUCAUGUUUGGGGUUUAUUGGACUCUGGGCUUUGCCUUUGCUGCAUAAAAACCAUACUGGGAGAAUAAAGAAUUGAAGGCUGUUGUCUGUGCUGUGGGAAACCCCUCUGUGGCAAUACAUGCCUAUACUUUUCCAAAGUGUUCUGUUGGCUGUGUAAAUCUUCAUUUAAUUAAAGAAUGAACUGCUAAUUGAUUUUGUGAAUCCUUUUCAGUGUGGAGGAGAUGUUUUCCUGGGUUACCUCAGUCUCUUUGUGAUGGUCCCAAGUUUCUAGGCUAGUUUAAUGGAUGUUCAUUGUUUGUUGCUGAAGAAGGAUCUUUUGUUUCCUGUUCAAAUUGAUUCAUGAUUUAAACUUCCUUCUCUUCAUUAUAAUACAAUUUCAGGACACCUUUUUCCAUGGGCACCACCUCUGUACAGUAUUAGAGGUGAUGACCCUGACCUAGAAGUUUAUAAAAAUACGUGCGUUGAGAAUGUGGAGGAGUUAAAUGCAGAAAAUCAACAAAAUUCAGAUUCUUCUUUCUGGUGAGCUUCUAUAGAAGUCUGUAUCCAAAAGUAUUUAUGGAAAAAUCCAAUCUUUCCUACAACACUGGGCUCUCCUUCAAGACAUAAAACAUUGUUUGUUGUGUGUGGAAACACAAAAAUCAUUCCAGAAGGGUGCAUAAACUACAAGAACUUUGUUAAUUAAUUUUAUACAUCCCCCAAAGUGCAGGCUAGGGUAUAAGUGAAGGCUGUGCCUUUAAAAGAUAAUGAUGAAAUGCAGCUUGUGCAUCCAGAUCAACUGUGUGACGAGUCCCUUGUCAAGGUCUACUUUGAGCAAAGAUUAUAAUGCUUAAUAUGGUAUCAAGGCAAACUGGUACAUUUCAUGUAUAAUAGGGACAUUUGAAUAGAGAAGAUGGAUAUUUAAGAGUAUGUUCUGUAAGAGUCAAGCUGUGAAAAACAUCUCUAACAGACUACUUCAGUUCAAGGAAGUUUUGUUGCCUUUGCAGCCUAGCCUUAAAAAAAAAAACCUCAUAUAGUUUAUAUAGUACUGUUUUAGAAGGUGAGAAUCACAGAGGAGGCAAAUAAUGCAGGAUGAAGUACUGCAGUGUUAGAGGAGCUGAGGAAGUCAAAACACAGUGGAAAUCCUUGAGGUAAAUACUGAAGUUACAGUCAAAAUGUAGGGUCUAAUGCAAGGAAGAACUGAUGUUUGUUGGCAUGUAAAACAAUUACACAACUCGACCAGUUGUAAAGAAAAGAAAGACUUGAAAAUGAAAAGGCUUUUCCAGUGGCAGAGUGGAGCUUUCUGCAGGUAGCUAAAAGUUGCUUGUGGAGUCAUAAUGAAAAGGAGUGUGCCCACUGGAUCAGAUGGCACAUGCCAAACAUCUGGUGACUUCAAGGGCUAGAUUUCAAGUCAUUCUGCAAGAAGACACUGCUAUUUUCUAGCCACCAUUUAGGAUGCUGUGAGAGCUUGCCUUCACAUCUUUGCCUAAAUUGUUAGGUAGUUUAUUGCUGGCUCUAAUCUCCUUAGCCAUAAGAGCUGAGACUGCUCAGAAAAAGGUAUAUAAAACAAGGGAGGCUGAGUAGGACUGUCAUUAUCCAGACAGCAGGAGAACUUCACAUUAAAGUCCUUUUUGUGGAGACUGCUACACGGAAAGAGUAAAUUGCCUGCUAUUGCAGGCAAUCAUAUGUGAUCUUUUUCAUAAAAUUAUUGCUCUCUUAAAAUGAGUUAGAUUUUCAUCCUCUCUCCACAUAUUGCUGCUGUUUGGUAGGGCUAGCCUAAGAGAUGAUGUAUUCAUCCCUGUUACCAGUUUGUUACUGUGCCAACGCUGUCCUCUUUUGCUUCUUUUUUACCUUUCCAUUUUUCCCUCCUAUUUAGGAAGCAGUAAUAUCCCACUUUUGAUGGCUAAGCCUUGUAAGCUCUGUGUUCUGUGCCUUUCAGAAUUGCCAUGGCCAUUCUUCACUUAACAGUUUGCAUCUCCUUUGAACGGGGUCAUCACCACAAUUGUUUCUGGAGGAUUGUCCAAGGACAUUACUAAAGAAUGAACUGUCAUAGUAUGUGCUUCACCUGAAUGAACGCCUGCCAGGAAACCACAUGGCUUCAUAGUGAAGUGGAGCUUAAAAGCUCCAUCCUCAUUCCAGUGUUUGAGAAAUAGAAAAUUCAUUUUCUACAUGUACACUCGAUAAUGGUGCUAAUUCAGUUACUGUAAGCAAAACAGUGAUAAAUUUAUUUGUAAAACUCAAGUAUGCAAGUUAAAUUCAAAUUGUAAUUUCACAAUCAUACGUGUUGAAUCUCUGUCAAAGUGUUGAAAAAGCAUUAAAAACGUUAAAGCCUA